AGUAUUUUUCGGUUUAAACUUGGUUGGAGGCAAAACUGUCAUUUUGUUUUCACUCAAAUUCAUAUCUAUUAACUAACCUUUAUUUUAUGCCAAUGUAAAGAUUUAUUUUUUUUAAAUUACUUAUAUAAAUUCAAUUUCAACUGUAAUUGCUGGUUUAAUUUUGUUAACUUUUUAUUGAGACUUUUUUUUCAUUGUGCAUGGUUGGAUAUAAAUGCAAGUGUAGUUUGUGAAAAUGCCUUCAACAAGUAGAGACGACAGGAGGAAGACUUUGAAUAAUUUUGUUCGGCCCAGUAUGGUCAGUGGAUUUUAUGAAAAUGGUGUCAUCACAGAAGAAAAUGAUCCAGAACUUGAAGAUCAUGAUAAUGAUGCUGAAGAAAGAGAAUAAUCGCCGGGAAGAAAGUUGCAUUGAAGACGAAUCCAAUCUUGGACAAUUGGUUAUGGAGAGAAGCCAAGAGGUUGUUAAUAAAUUUAUGGACACUAUGACAUCUCUCGCUGAAAAAUGGGCCUACCUCGGAUUAAACAAGAAUUGUUUUGAAAAGCGACUUGAUUCAAUUUUAAACAACUUCAUUGAAUUGUGUAGUGAUGCCGAACAGUGGGAAGAUACACUGGUUGGUUACUUGGAACAAGAGAAAGUGCUUAUGUUAAAAAACUUGAGAAACCUAACCAAAGAUCUUGCUUUACCUGACUAUGAGCCUCCUCAAAGUGGUGGAUUUAUGGAUAUGCUUAAUGAUAUCAUGGAAAAACAUGAAGAACUUCAAUUCAUCAAAAAAGAACGUUUCUCUAAAUGGAAUGAGCUUCAUUCCCAUUAUUCAUCUCUAUGUAAUAAACUGGGCUAUCCAGAAGAAGGUCAUAGAUUAUCCACCACAUUGUCCAUUCCAACGGAAGCUGCCCUUCAAGAGUUACAGUCAAAUGUGAUGGAACUUAAAAAGACUUAUUCCAAAAAGCAAAAAAUUUAUAUUCAAAACAAAAGAUCCAUACUUCAGUUGUCUAAUGACCUUGAGAUUGAACCUGAUUCUAAGGAUGUUGUCAAGUAUACAGGUCACGAGGAAACUUCUGUUAUUCUUUCUGACAGUUUCCUGAAAGAUCAAGAGUCUUUUAUGCGUUCCCUGGAAAAACAAUUUGUGAACAAUGAAAAAAACAAAGAAAUACUGAUGGGAAAGCUAGAGCAACUCUGGGAAAAACUGGAAGUUGAUCAAUACACAAGAAAUAAAGAGUUAAAUGGUAUCAAUGGUUGGAAACCAAGCGAACUUGUUAAGUUAACAGAAUUGGUAGAAAAGUAUGAAGAAUUGAAAAAACAAAAUAUGGGUAAAUUUAUAGAGAAACUACGUACAGAGAUUGUUGAAUAUUGGGACAAAGUUUACGCUUCUCAAGAAGAAAAAGAUGAAUUCGAAAUUUAUAUGUGUGAAGAAGAAUGCAUUGAAGCUUUGUUAACCGCUCACGAAGAUGAACUAGAGCGUCUAAAGUUCCGUUAUCAAGAAAACCGUAAAUUAUUCGAGUCUUUGGAUGAAUGGCAACAAUGUUGGGUUAAAUACUUGGACUUGGAGAAAAAGAUGAAUGAUCCAAACAGAUUCAACAAUCGUGGAGGUGUUUUAUUGAAACAAGAAAAAGAAAAAAAGAAAACUCAAAAAGACCUAACUCGGUGUGAAAAAGAUAUUCGAACUUUGGCAGAAAAAUGGUCCAAAGAAAACUACAAUGCUCCCUUCAUGGUGUGCGGUCAACCUGUGUUAGAGUUCAUUGAGUGUCAAAAAACUCAUUAUCAGGUAUACAAAGAUAACGAGAAGAUGGCAAGGCAAAAGACCAAAAGUGAUGCCGAUGCCAAGUCAAGAAAACUUCAAAAUGGAAGUUCCAAACCAACACCUAAUUUACUUACCCGAACUCCAACCAAAUUUUCUGCUAAUAAUACUCCUACCUCAGGAGUUAAAUCUUCUGAUGUAAAUCGUAGAUUACAAUCAUCAAUGAAACCUUUAUCUCCAGUUAAUCGUGAAUUACGAACAACCCGAUCUCGAUUGCAAAUUCACCGGUUGGGUUCCGAAAACAGAUGUAACUCUACUGACAGAUCAAGACGAGCAACUCCUUGCGGAGGAAGUAUUAAGAGUACUCCUAAUAUUCCCUCAUUAGUUUAUGGUGAUUGCACUAAAAAUAUUGGACUAGACCAAUUGAUCGGUGAGGAGCAAUUUAGAGUGAGUUGCUCACCUCCAAGAUCGUAGACACGAAACACUUGAAAGCACAGGUUUGCCGAUAUAAGUGCUAAAGCCAUUCCUUCAUCAUCUGAUUUUCCAUUAUCAAUUGUGAAUAUUUUAAUAAUAUCAAUAAAGAUGAAGUUCUCAUAUUCAAA